CAAGUCUGGCUCCAGCAGCGGAGAUAGGGAGUAGUGGAAAGAACUGCUGGCACGUCAAAUUGGAACAAAACCCUCACAGGGGUGAAAAAUGUAUGCUGUCACAAAGUCACGUCAGCGACGAAGAAUGGGCGCUUUUGAUCGGCUACAUGUUUUAGAUAUUCUUAGCCUACGUACAUUUUUUUUAUAUUGAGAUAGAGGUAUUUGUUGUAGAAACAUUUGGGACAUACAGAGAAAGACAAAUACGAUCCGUUAUCGGACAACUAUCCGGUUGACUCUCGCCCCCUCUGUUUACUGAUUUGUAGAUCGGCGUGCGAACACUUGUAACGGGGACAGCAGGGGACUAACCAACCGCGCUCCUCGAACCAGAGGAAGAGACUCGUAAAUCAACGCAUCGGACAAGUGCGAAAGUUCUGAUAGGAAUCAGUGCACUGUCAUUCAGUGGCGCCGUAAUCGGCUACAUUUUCUGCAUUAGCAGAGGAACUAUUUGCUAGAAAAAAUGGAGUGGAAACAUGUUGAGGCUGUACAGGAAUUUACAGUUGAAGGACAAUGCAGCAAAAUUAAGGCGCGAUCUUGCAGAAUUACAUGGGACGCCCACCAGGUGGGGAACCCUUGCGUGGAGCUGACUCUGUCGGAGCUGCAGGAGAUGGCCACACGGCAACAGCAACAGAUCGAGACCCAACAGCAGAUGCUGGUUGCCAAGGAGCAGCGUCUGAGGUACCUGCAGCAGCAAGACCACAGACAGGGCCAGACGGUGUCAGAGGCUGAGAAGCUACAGAGGUUGAUGGAGCGAGUGGAGAGUCAGGAGGCCAAACUAAAGAAGAUCCGUGCCAUGAGGGGCCAGGUGGACUACAGCAAGCUCAUCAAUGGCAACCUGUGUAGUCCGUAUCUCAGUGUACUGCGUCUCCUCUCCUCUCCUCAUGCAGCGGAGAUCCAGCAUGUGAGUGGGCAGUUCCAGGAGAAGCAGGCAGAGCUGCAGUCAGCUGUGGUGAAGGUGGACCAACUCAACCAGCAGCUUGAGGACCUGAGGAGGGGACGUCUCAACGGCCUGCAGCCCCUAGGAGGACCUCUCACUGGCACCGCCGCUCUGGAGCUACGCAAACUCUACCAGGAACUACAGGUGCGUAACAAGCUGAACACGGAGCAUAGUGGCAGGCUGCAGCAGAACAAGGAGCUGUUGAAUAAGCGCAACACGGAGGUGACUAUGAUGGACAAGCGCAUUGGGGACCUUCGCGAGCGCCUGCACAAGAAAAAAACAGAGCUUAACAGGAUAAACGGUCCUCCCUCCCCCCAGCCCACUCCCAGCAGCUCAGGCCGCGUAGCCGCGGUAUGUCCGUACAUCCAGGUGCCCGUCCCAGGCAGACAAGAGGUGGGCUAUGCUCUGCCCCCAGACCCCGUCAAACCACCGUUUGUCCCUGGGACUGGCACCAUCAGCCAUGGCCGCUCCAAAUCAGAGGAGGAAGGGUGCGGUGUGAGGAAGCCCUUCAUCCAAUGGAAGGUCUCAGAUUUAGACAUCAUAGUGGACCCCGUGGAGAUGAGAGAGGUGCCCCGGUCCCCCUCAGGGGCCUGCAGUGCCGACACAGUCUGGAGCCAGGGGCUAGGGCAGCAGAAGCAGAGGGGCCUAAGUAACAGGGCUCAAUAUCAACAACAUAAAUCCAAUGAAGCAGUGUGGCCCACCCUUAGUAAAAGUGUCUCCUCGAUGCAACCUUCAGAUUGGAGAAACACCAGCCCAGACCAGAGCCUUGACUUCAGUAAGCUACCAGGAGGAUCCGUGUCCAAACCACUACCCAUCUAUGGGACCUAUCCCGCACCUACUGGCCACCCGUCUAUAGUCUGCUCUACCAGCUCCCUGACCAGGUCUGCCCCUGCCACUUUAGCCUGGCAGCGUUCAGCCCCAGCACCUCCUGGUUACUCCUCCCAGCAGAUCCAGCAGCGUAUCUCUGUCCCCCCUAGCCCCACACCCCAGUCAGGACUGGGGGAGGUGGAGAGUCCUGACCCCCUGCCGGCUGUGGCUGUGAGACCCUACGUUCCAGACCGGUCCUCCUCCAGGCCUCAGUCCCCCAGGAAGGGCCCUGCCACUAUGAACUCCUCCUCCAUCUACCACAUGUACCUGCAGCAGCCUGCAGCAGCCAAGAGCUACCCAGCAGGAGGCAGGUCUGCUGUCAAAGCAGUGUAUGGGAAACCUGUGCUUCCCUCCAGCAACUCUCCCUCCCCUGUGCCCUUCCAGCAUGAGGCCCUGUCCCCAGGAGGAGAGAGUGGAGGGGACAUGGUGGACAGGGAAGGGGACACCACAGAGGGUAGACUCCUACCCCCUCCCAGCGUGGAGAACAUCCCGCGGCCCCUGAGCCCCACCAAGCUGACCCCCGUGGCCCACUCCCCGCUGCGCUACCAGAGCGACGCCGACCUAGAGGUCCUGCGCCGGCGGCUGACCAAUGCACCGCGCCCGCUGAAGAAACGCAGCUCCAUCACAGAGCCAGAGGGCCCCACCGGACCCAACAUCCAGAAGCUCCUGUACCAGCGCUUCAACACCCUGGCCGGAGGCAUGGAGGGCAGCAACAGCACCCCAUUCUACCAGCCGGUCUUCAUGGGUGGUGUCCUGGGAUGUCCGGACAUGGACAACAUCAACACUUCUAAUGGAAACCUGAUCGGGACAGCUUCCCUGGUCGUCACUGCCGCAGACGGUACCAACUCAGACCAUCGCCUGUCCUCUUCCAUGUCCCCUUCCUCUGACUCCAAUGAGAGGAGGACACUCCCACCCAGUGAGACCACUCCCCGCAUGCCCACCCCCCAGCCCAGCUUGGAAGACAACAACAACCAACCUGGUCCUUCUAACACCACCUCCACUCCCAGGCCCAUCCCCAUCCAUGAGGCCUCGUCUCCCCAGCCGAAAGAAACCUCUCCCCGGACUGUCACAUCCCUGGCAUUGCCUAAGCAGAUCAAGAGGACUAACCUGAAGAAACCUGAGUCAGAGAGGACAGGCCAUGGGCUGAGGGUCAAGUUCAACCCUCUUGCCCUGCUACUGGAUGCCUCUCUGGAGGGAGAGUUUGACUUGGUGCAGCGGAUCAUCUAUGAGGUUGAGAACCCCAGCACGGCCAAUGACGAGGGCAUCACCCCCCUUCACAACGCCGUAUGUGCUGGACGUCACCACAUCGUCAAGUUCCUGCUCGACUUUGGAGUUAACGUCAAUGCUGCUGACAGCGAUGGAUGGACCCCACUACACUGUGCGGCCUCCUGUAACAGUGUGCAUCUCUGUAAGCUGCUGGUGGAGUCAGGGGCGGCCAUCUUUGCCACCACCAUCAGUGAUGUGGAGACAGCGGCUGAUAAAUGUGAGGAGAUGGAGGACGGAUACACACAGUGUUCCCAGUUCCUCUUCGGGCUGCAGGAGAAGCUGGGGGUGAUGAAUAAAGGGUCUGUGUAUGCGCUGUGGGACUAUGAGGCACAGAGCUCAGAUGAGCUGUCCUUCCACGAGGGAGACGCCAUCACCACCCUGAGUCGCAGGGACCACGCUGAGACAGAGUGGUGGUGGGCCAGGCUACAUGACAAGGAGGGCUACGUACCACGCAACCUGCUCGGGUUGUAUCCAAGGAUCAAGCCUAGACAACGUUCUCUGGCAUAGAGAAGACGGUGCACGUUGUUGUGCUCUGACUGUGCUCAGAGCUGGGUCUGACUGGAUCUGCAGACAGUGGCUGUGCCCGGACAGUGCCCUCUCUUUGUGCCAGUCUGUGCCUCCCCAGAACAAAGGAUAAGGGCCAGGGCAUGGACAGAGGGGUCCAUAUCCGGACAGACAGACAUGCUUGGGAUUGGUGGUCACUUACCUAACAGGAAGUAGAGGCAGUAUCCACGGCCCAGAGAUCAUUCAGAGAAUACUCUGAGCAGAGCUCCCCUCUUUCCCUUCUCACUCAGUGUUUGUCUCCUGUGUGUCAGUCAGAGUAAGGCCUAAAUGUGAUGAUCUCAGAAAAGGGAGCAGAGAACAGGGGCAGUCAUGAGUUAUUGAAUAUGGGUUUUGCAGUAAGUGCUGUUUGAAGGCGAUCAGAGUUCAAACUCUGGAGGUCAUAUCUUCAGGGUUCAGCAGAGGAAAGAAAGGAACAGGUUUUUACAAGAUGAGAAAAGGAAGGAAAGUGACGGAAGGUGUAAUUGAAAGACUUUGAAGGCCAGUUAAAACUACUAAAAGAUGUGUGGAAUGUUCUAAACAGUCAUACAAUGUUGGUGUUAUUUAUGCAAACCAAAACGUGUUCUGAAGGAAUGAGUAGAAGAUGUAAUGCUGGGAUGGGAAAGUGAAAGGGGCUGCAUUCUCUUCUACAGAUGCAAUAACUAUGAAGCUAACUAUGGGUGUGAAUUUGAACUAAACUCCUCAUAAGCCUACAGUAUAUAAAUGCUUUAUCACCUAAAAAGGCCUA